AUGUUCCCGAAGUUGCCGCCGACUUACGAAGACUGGGAAUGGACAGGAGGAAGAUGCGUCCGCGUGCUCCACGAGGUACUGGCGCGCAUGAAUCGGGAUGACGAUGUCAGUGAGCCAUUCUUGAAGCUCGAAAGGACGGACAAAGAUGGAACCCAACACGUUAGGAAGAUCGCAAACACCAUCGACGCAUGCGACGGCUGUGAGGACGAGGGGCCGUCAGUGAGCCCUGGUAUUUGCGUGAAGAAGGAGCCCGCAGACUGGCGGUGUACGGGAGGACGUGCGGUGGGAGCGGCAGUCGGCGGCUCAGGGGGCCAGGCGGCUGCGCCGGCAAUUGACAACGGCGUAGAUGUGCGCGCAACACGCGGCGGAGCUUCCGGUGCGGCCGGUGGGCGCAACGCCGACCACGUCGCGGGAGUGGCGGCCAAUGCGGCACGUCGCCAAAAGGGGUCGGGACGAGCGAAACCGGAACAUGCGGUCGCCUCGUCUGCCCCGCAGGACACCGUCGAGCAGACGAGGGGAGGGGAUGCAGGCCGUAUCAACACCCAGAAGCUCCUCGCCAACACGGAACAGGGCCUUCUGACGGUCUUGCAGAAUCACGGGAAGAGAAUCCGGAAUUUGGAGGUCACGAAUCAGGCGAUGAAGUCGAUGGUGAUAGCAUGCAUAGAGAGUGUAGCGAAGACGCUUUCCGGGCAGGCCGGCAAAGACGUGCGCAACGAGGUAGACCCCGGGGGUGGCCAACACGCGAACGACCGGAAGCUGGCGCGGACGAGAGCCCUGACGACCAACAGCCCGUGCACGCCGCAAGGUGACUCGGCCGCAACGCGCACGCACCGUCGCAAAGCACCCGUUAACAAAAACGUCCCGGCCACGCGCACCGAUCCCGACUCCACGCUGCCCCCGUUCACCGCGCCCCAACGGAAAAGAGCACGAUCCCGGGAGGGAAAACCUGCUGGCUUGGUGUCCGCACCAACGCCCCCCAAGUGCCCGCCGGCAGACGGGGAGUUGCCGCAAGCGUCCGCGUCUCUGAAACGAGGGAGGUUCGAUCGGGAGUGCAUGCCUCCGCUCGCACUAGCACAGCAGCUGAUACUGGAACGGAGCACGUGCGGCGGCGCACAGCAAGACGUGUGCGGGACCGAAGGCCCUGGCGCGGAAGCGGGGGCCGGGGCAGGCGGCAGGGCAGGAGGCGACACAGAGAAGAAGGGUGUGUCGGACGAAGGAACUCCGCGGGCCGUCGAGAAGGGCGGGCUGUGCACGGUGGGCGAGGAACACGCGCGCAACGAGGUGGAAACGCAGGCGGGCGGCGCACAGCAGGACGUGUGCGAGACCGAAGGCCCUGGCGCGGAAGCGGGGGCCGGGGCAGGCGGCAGGGCAGGAGGCGACACAGAGAAGAAGGGUGUGUCGGACGAAGGAACUCCGCGGGCCGUCGAGAAGGGCGGGCUGUGCACGGUGGGCGAGGAACACGCGCGCAACAAGGUGGAAACGCAGGCGGGUGGCCGCCGCGCUGACGAUGCUGGUAUGGCAUCGGCGGGUGGAGCAGAGGAACGUGCUGUGUGUGCGGGCGAGGAAGCAAAGGAGGUGAAGAGCACGGAUGCGAAGGGCAUCUUACCAUUGAUGGCGCGAACGGUGUUUGGCGAGCAGGUCGACAUUGGGGGCCUGGGGAUCACCUCGAGCAAGGCCUCGUGGGAAGCAGACCGGAAUAAGGCGCGCCUCAUCUCUCCCGGCCUCUGGGCGGUCAUGUACGGACACGGGCUGGCGAGCAUCAUGGCCGGGUACCGCGCGGUUCUGGAGGGUUUCACUGCCGACGAGGGCGACGAGGAGAGCGCGCAGUUGGCCAUCUGCGCGGCCAUUGGGACUGCCGCCGCCAACUUCGAGAAGCGGAGUGGCGCAACCGCCAAGGUUUUCGCUCCAGCACUGGCUGCAUCCUGCGCGGCGGUGUGGAGCAUAUGGCGUGGAGUCCGCACCAACUGCGCCGUGGACCGCGCCGUAGCAGCGGCCAAAGCCGUUGGUGCAGAGCAGUCGCAGUUGGCGCACUGCAAGGACGUGAUCACCGCGGUCCUCAACACUUUGGGUAACAGAUCUCACGAGCGCAGAGAAGAGGCGAAGUCCGACCCGGACGGGCACGUUGCGUGGGUAAUCGAGCAAGCGUUGGGCGGCCCAGGCCUGGCGACGAGCGACGACGCCAAGGUGGUGGCGAAAGAAAGAGAUGACCGACACGCUUGGCAUGUGGUCGGCUUGCACCGUCGCUGCAGGUCCUUUGGUGGAGACCGGCUUCGAUAUGCCCCGAACUGCCGAGAUGAAACGCAAGUGCGAGAUCCGGGCAGAGUACUGGCUCGGAGGACUCCGCCGGACAGUGCAGCACGGAUCUCCCCUGAGUGCUCAACCCAUGCGCCCCAGAACCCAGCAGGGAUCUCGCCUGAGUGCUCAGCCAAUGCGCCCCAGAACCCAGCAGGGAUCUCCCGAGUGCUCAACACAUGUGCUUCAGAACCCGACAGUUAA